UUCAUUGAAUAUUGAGGUUUCUUAAUUAUUUUGAAGAAUUGAAUAAUGAAAUAAUACGUUAAUUAGUUGACUUUACAUAAUGAGAACUAGGAAAAGACAGCGGUUGACAAUAUUUUAACGAACGUAUUGUGAAAGAACUUCAGCGAGAUGAGAAUGUAAAUGAAAAUCAACGUCGUCGCCGGAGGUACAUACGAUUUUCCAAGCGAGUUUAUCACGAAUAUGCUCUCUCGUAUCCCCGAUGAAACAUUCUCCACUCUUCAGAGAUACAUAUUCGUGUAGUGAUCGAGACAUCAUUUGUGCGUGAAAAUUGAUCGUACCAAGGGAUAUAUUUGUGCGCUAAAUGACGUCAGCUAGGUGUUACCGGGGCGAAGAAUAAAUUAGGUGGCGGUAUGCUCCGAGAGACGGUAUUGCCUAGAACCACGCGCCACCUGUGGGAGAAGUAAUAGAAUAGAUUACGUGUGUACGUGAAUGUGAAAAAAAAAAGUUGACAUUUAAACAGUACCAGUCGGUUCGAGCACGGCAGUCUUCAGCCAACGGUGUAGAUUAUCGAUUGUAUGUCUUUUCCAAGUAGUACAGGAAUCUCCCGCCAAACUUACGCUCGUCUUCUUCUAUUUCGGUGUAUUUUAAAAUGAACGGAACUACCGAACGGCUAGGGUUCAGUUUUAGAACCUCUAGUAGUAUGAAUGCUUGUUUCGAAGCUUUCGAUAAAGAUGGAGAUGGAUUUCUUAAUCACGAAGAAUUCAGCUGUGUUUGCAAAGCGUUGUUUAGAAACGACGAUGGUAUCGUGUACAGUUUGAAUGACGAUGAAUUGAAAGAAAUUUUCGACGUAUUUGAUUUAAAUCAGGAUGGUUGUAUCGAUAUUAACGAAUUCACAUUCUGUUGGAAUAAAUGGAUUAAAGUAAUCGUUCGCCCCAUCAGCGCUAUAUUAAUCGUAGACGUACAAAACGACUUCAUUUCUGGAAGUUUGAAUAUAAGCAAAUGCGCCGCACAGCACAACGGUAUCGAGGUAAUCGAACCAAUUAACCGGUUAUUGGAUACGGUACCGUUUGAUGCGGUGUUUUAUUCGCUCGACUGGCAUCCGGCCGAUCACGUAUCGUUUAUUGAUAAUUUACAUAUGAGACCACUUCAUCCUGAAUCUCAUAUCAGUGCUGAAAAUGCUCAGGUCUACGAUACGGUGGUAUUCGAAGGACCUCCUGCUAUGGCUCAGAGAUUAUGGCCUCGACAUUGUGUUCAAGAUACCUGGGGAGCUGAACUGCAUAAAGAUCUUAAAAUAGUUGAAAACUCUACUAAAAUUUACAAAGGAAGUUCGCCCGAGGUAGAUUCGUAUUCGGUAUUUUGGGAUAAUAUGAAAUUACUCGAAACCUCGCUAACCUCGCAGCUCCGAGAUAGAAACGUCACCGAUAUAUAUGUUUGUGGAAUCGCUUAUGACGUUUGUGUUGGUGCUACUGUAACCGAUGCAUCGAAUGCUGGUUACAGAACGAUACUUUUAGACGAUUGUUGUAGAGGUGUCGAUAACGACGAUAUCGAAAAAACUAAAGCUAACGUAGUUAAAAAUCAUGGCGUUGUUAUUAAUUCGAAUCAGGUGAAAGCCAUGGUCGAAGGAAAAGACCGAAGACCGGAAUUAGGCUACAAAUUAGCGAUCGAAUUAAAGAAGAAAUUGUUAAAUGAUAAAUAGUCUGUGAUUAAACGAAUCUCACCGAGCUUACCAGUGUGUAAAUGAAGCACCGAGUUCCAUAAACUAUUUUAGUUGUUUUUUUGUUACAAUAGAGAGACUCAAAGAAUGAAUUAUUUUAAGCACAUAUUAUACGAACACUUAUUUUUAAUAAAAAGAAGAAACCUUUUUUUUAA